AUUUACAAUAAAGCAAAUAAACACUUAAAGAUCUACGCACUAAAUAGCUACGACUGUAAAUCUAAAUUACAAACAUGGCUUAAAUCACAGACCUAUCGGAAUCACUCUUAAAAACAAACACUAUCAAAUGAGUCAUUUUACUAGCCUUAUCCCCAUAUGUAUAAUUUUUUCCCUUUUUUAAAACAUAGAACUGUACAGACACACACACACACGCACACGCGCACACGCGCACAAGCACACACACACACACACACACACACACACACACACACACACACACACACACACACACACACACACACACACACACACACACACACACACACACACGUCAGCCGUUUUUCUUUUCUUUUCUUUAUAUAACAUUUAGAUUUUUUACAUUGUCACUUUCUAUCUUAGUAUUAUUAUUGUGUUUUUACUUCUUCUUAAAGUACCUAAGUUCACAAAACAACCUGUACCAAUUUCUCCGGAGGAAUCACUGAAUCCUAAGUCACAGGCUUUGUCCUAGUUCAGGAAACAGAGGCUCAGUCCUAAUGGAACUGUUACAAACCUAAAAUAAGUUUUAUUUUGUAAUUUAAUGUAAGGCUCACAUUCUGUAUUAGGUUUCAAGUAAAUAAAGAUUUAUUUAUAUAUUAUUAUUUAUAUGGUGUGGCCACUAUUAGCCACACCAUCAGCUCAGCUCAGCUCUUUAGCUUAUUUCGUCUAUCAUGUUACUAGGUUACUACAUCUAAUAUUGGCUCACAAAAAGGCUACCAUGAUGUUAGUUGGUAGGUAUAUUCCGUAACCUUGCAUAGGUUCUGGCAUAUAGUCAAUGAAUAAGAUUGAUCGUUUCCAAAGCGACUCAUGUUUUCUUAAAGUAUUUAAACAAUUAAGUUUAGUGAUCUUAAAACAAAAACAAAACGAAAGAAAUUCCAGCGGAAUAGUAUCGAAACAACGAUGAAACAAUGAGUCAUAUCUAGCAACGAAUACGAAUAUCAAUUGACAGUUUGACAGUUCAAUCGGAACUUAAUAAAAGCGUUCUAAAUUUGGUUUCUCUAUUAAAUCUACGACCUUUAAAAAAAUCGUCAAAUGUAUGAGUUUUUUUUGCGUGGUUAUUUUGAAAUUGUUUUUAUCUUAGAAUAAAUGUUUAAUCAACAGUAAAAGGCAUUAAAAUACACGAGUGUGGGCUGAGGACUAUACUCGGUCUACAGCAGAGGCAGUCCUGUAAAGCGUUAUUUGCUGAGCAUCAGAUUAUGACCCACUAUUCGAAGUACAUUUUUGAGGUCAUCAUGUUCACGCGUAAACACCUGUCUCAAUUUAAGCGAGUGGAGGUCGUGGGCAAAUGCCUCCGGAGCACGGGAAAACUUCGGACAGUUCCGCGUCGCACAGUAUUGCAUGCAAAAAACCCGCGAGUAAUAGGUCCGACUUUCUACGAGCACCUGCCUAAUCAAAUAAAAAAUGAGACAUGUGAUGCAACAUUCAGGCGCAAACUAAGAUUUUUUUUACUAAAGAAAUCCCUCUACUCAGUUAAGGAAUAUCUUUCAAAAUAGACUGAAUCUGACCAACUACAUGUAGAUUGUAAUUUCUAAUAUGUAUAUUGUUAUUGUUAUUUAUUUUAAGGUUUUUGUUUUCAGUUGACAUUCUUUUUUAUUUUCUACUUGAGAUUGUUUGAAUAUCAUAUUUAACUUAUUCAUUGAUAGGUACUCUGUAGUAUCAUGGUACAAUUUCAGUUUUUUUCUUUAUUCCUAUUAAUUAUUUUUGACAUUUUGAUAUGGCAAAUAUUAUAUGAUAGAUUUAUAUACCAUUGUAUAUAACUACCUCUACCUCUAUAACAUUAUAUUGUAUUGUAAUAAUAUUAAAUUUCACAUGUAUCCGACGAUCACUAUACGAUAAGUAAUUGCUUAUGUAUCCUUUUACAUUAACUUUGAACAUUGUAUUGAGAGAUAAAUAAACUAAACUAAACUUUACACACAUAUCAUAAAAUUUCUAUGAUCUCUUGGCGGAACUCGCGGAUAUGUGGCUUUCAGAACCGUUUUCGAGAUCGCCCAAAUAUUUAUAUAUGGUCGUAUAUAAUAAACCAGCAAUAAUUUACGGGGUGAAUAUAUAGGUCAUACUGGGGAACUUUUACUAUGGGACCAACCAAAAAAAAUUUGGCUGUUUCAUACAUUUUGGCUGUCUGACUUUGACAUUUUCUAUGGGAUAGUAAAAACAAUUUUUUGCGAUUUCGGGUUUGGUCCCAUCGUAAAAAUUACUCAGUAUGACCUAUAUAUUCAGCCCGUAAAUUAUUGCAGGCGUCUAAAUAAAUAUCGGCGCUAUGGCCAAGAGCUUGAAGCAAGCUUGGAGUGAAUUUCGGUCGAUCGGUCUUGAGCUUCGUGCUUGAGUUCGCUCCAAGUCUUCUUAAUAGCCUUCGCCUCUGCAAUUAUAGUCCGGCGCCAGGACUGCUUUGGACGGCAACGUUUCAUCUUUCCUUGGGGAUUCCAGUCUAGGGCUUGCCUCGGUAUGUCUUCAGGAUCCCUUCGGAGUGUAUACUUAAUCCAAUUCCAUUUCCGGCGCUUGAUCUGCUGGUCAAUCGGUGUCUAAUUACAGCAUAGCUACCAGUGAACCAUUCUAUUGUUAAUGCACAAAAUACUUACAGUAGGACUAACCCAGCAACAUAUAUAUAUAUAUUUCUCGGAAUUGAUUAAAACAGUGAACAACAUAUCCAUUAGAUACUAUUAUAAUAAUUGCAACAAUCCCUUAUCCUCGCACCUCAAUAACCAGUACAAUGAAUCAGUGUUCCUGCGCAGUAAAUGGUAAUUACAGUAUGAGAUCGUCCCAUUUUCCGUAUACCUAUGAAGAAAAGUAAAAUCUAGUAGACUUGACAGACUUCCAAAUGAACUUAGCGCCUUGAAGUGGGAUUGAAAAUGUUAAGUCGGUGGAAGAGUAAAGACAAGUCUGAGAAGAGCAAAUCCUCAAGCUCUAGCGGAAAGAAGAAACGGAAAGGAAGAGACAAUGAAGAUGAUUGGCGCGGAGACGGAUCACGGAUGGAUGGCGGUCUGUCGGACGGCGAAGCGAGCCGUGUGCCGGCGCGCGGGCGCUCCUCGCGCCGCGACGACCCGCGCCGUCACACGCUCGCUGGGAACCACCUCUAUGUGCAUCCGCACCACCCUUCGCAGCUCAACUCUCACCAAAUGGAUCACUGGACGUCUGCUGGGCAGGUCCCUCUUUACACGCCUGAAUACGCGACGGUCAACAAAAGUCGCGAUAACAGGCAGAAUCGAAUUAUUGACGCAAGGGCUCUGAAGCCACCGCUUCCUAGGGGCUACCCGCCGCCAAACAGCGCUAUGCUGUUCGACGACGACCCAGGCAUCAUGUCGGAAGUGGAGACGGCCUCCACAGGGUUCCGGCGCGGCGGCAAACAGCGCUCCUCGCUACCUGUUGUGCGAACACCCAGCAAAACAUUGGAGCGUCCGCUGGGGUUGGUGUUUCUGCAAUAUCGAAGUGAGACUAAGCGGGCGUUGCUUCCCAACGAGAUUACUUCUAUCGACACCGUAAAAGCGCUCUUCGUGAGGAGCUUCCCCAAACAGCUCACCAUGCAGUACAUGGACAGCCCCAUGGUGAAGAUCUACAUUCAUGACUCUUCGAAGGACAUGUUUUACGAACUAGAAGAUGUGAGAGCUCAUCUACGCGACAUCCGCGACCGUUCGGUGCUGCGGCUAUUCGAGGCGACCGACAUGGGCGGCGGUGUGUUCCCGGGUGCCGUCGGCGUCGGCUCGCUGGCCAUGCCGCCGGGCGCCGCCACCUGCUCCGGCCCUCCUAGUUGGGAGCAGGACCAAAGUUACUUCAGCGAGCCUGAGAUAGACUCGGAGUACCACCACCAACACGUGCACAAGACUAAGGUGAAGGCUCCAGCGUACUACAUGGGGACGGCGGCGCCGAGCACGCUGCCUCGCGGCGGCUCGCUGCUGCGCGCCUUUUCGCCCGCCGCGCCGCCUGUACCCGCUGACCGUUCCAAUACGCUUCCGGGCGCCGGACACGGCAGCGAGGGGUACAUGUCGUCGCCAGAACGGGGCUCGGCGCGGGCGCCCUACGAGGACCCCUACUACACGCAGUUCCUGGGUCCGGCGGCCGGCCGCCCCAACAUUACCCCGGUCAUCGAUGAAGAGACCAGCGAGGGCGUGGUGAUCGAUGACGCGUACCAGAUGUACGGCGUGAACGCCGUCGGCGGCGCGCCGCGGCCUAUGCCGCGUCCGCCUUACGACGCCAGGCUUAAUCCCCAAGUGGAAGAUAUACAACGCCUUCGAGUCGAGAAAAUGGAGAGGCAGCUAGCUAAUUUGACUGGCCUCGUUCAGAAAGCGCUCCAGGUGCCAGGCGCCGCGCCUGCACCCGCCGCACCUACUGCGCCCGCCGCCGCGCCACGCCAACAGUUCCAGUCCUACCAGCCCCGGUCCAACGCUCAAGAUGCCGCACGAUUUCCCGGCAACGACCGCCCUCCAAAAUUAGGGAGGGACAAAUUUCAAAAAUCAGUGUCAUUUGAGAAAUCGGUAUCCUUUAGCGAUGACCCACCAGAUAUGAACUCACCCAUUCAACAUUCGCCCCAACAUUCAGCUGAUACAAAGCCAACAAAACCGGCAAUCAAGUCGUCGACAUUGCCGAGGACCUCGUCACAAGAACGUGACCGUCUCAAGCCGGCGCCGCCUCCCAAGCCGGCCGGCCUGGUCGGCCAGCAGCUGGCGCUGGUGUCGCAGAAGAUAUACACCAUCAACGUCACGCCAGACUUUUUCAAUGACAUGCGCGUCUUGCAGAAGCAGAGCCGUGAUUUGCGGAUUGAGACUCGAAAUUUAAGACGUUCGACACUGUCGCACGCCAUACAGAUGAGGCAGCUGAUGGCCGACACCAUCGUGAAAAUAGGCGCCCUCGCCGCGAGCUUCUAUGAACGCGACCCGGAAUCGCAACUCACGCGUGAAGAGGAAAUCUACCGGCAAGAUAUGCUACUAUUGGAGAACGACUUGUAUGAACUGGAGGCUACUGUUGAACGUCUUCGCGGUCAAGCUGCUAACAGGGAGACCCGUGUCAAUAUGGCAGACAUCGAACGCAUUGCCAUGGUGCUAUCCAAGAGCAGCAAAACCGUCGCUGACUGGAAACUUAAGUUCCCGAUUCUACAAGAUACGAUGAAAGUUAAAUUGGCUUCGGAGAUGGAAAAGGUGGUGCGCAAAGAAAAAAUGCUAGAAGAGGAACCGGAACGUCUUGAACUAGCUUUGCGUCGAUGUAAAAAACUUACUGGAACAUUAGUGACACUAAAAAGGCUGGCAUGCGUGCAGGAGCAGCGGCUGCCCGCGGCGGACGGCCGCGUGUCGCCGGGCUCCUCACAGGGCUCUAGUUUCACCGCCGGGCCCUCCUCAGAGGAGUUCGCUUCCGACACCACCACGCACAUUAUACAGCCCUCUAAUAAGGGCACCGGCAGCGGGCGAGGUACUGCGUCCCGGGGAGCAGCGGAGCUGCGGCCAGAGAACGCCCUCGACGCGCUACUAGACGAGCUGCAGACGUUCGCCAAGCCUGCGGAGCGCAGCAUCAGGGGCGCUGCGCCCGGGGGCGAGGGCCCCUUGCGCCGGCUGCACUCAUACCCCAGCGGCAGUGACACAGACGCGUCACCACCGGUGCGCGCACGAGGCCAGCACCCGCCCAAGCCACCUGUGCCCGAGCGCCACCCCGAGCUGCUCGCGCUAGCCGCGCGCCGGGCGCCUCCACCUCCUCCGCCGCGCACCACUUCGCGCUCGCCUUUAGCUUCGCCCACCUCUCCUUCGUCUCCACCGAAUGCAGAUUCCUCUCCUCCCGAUUCCAACCUUAGCGAGGAGAAAACAGCUUUACGGCAGUCUCUUCUCGAACAACGUCACCAGGAGCUAUUAAAGAAACAAAAAGCGCUUCAAGAGCAGUAUGCGCGAUUACAGAUGAUUCAACGUACCGGACCAUCGCUACCACCAACAGCCCAGCCUGACUUGAAGAAAACCGGUAGUGAAUCGAACCUACUUACUAAAAUGAAUUUGAAUCUAACCGCAACAAACAUUUCCGGCAGCAUGACACACUUGGCGUGUGACGGAGAGCAUCAAAAGCCGACGCAGAACACGUCCGCGCCAUCGGAAUUGGAGAGGCCACCUGCACCUGACACUAUAGCCACAACCAAUAAAGUUUAUGAGACUGACAUUCUGUGACCUUCCAGCAGUUGUUUUAUAUCUGUAUAACUAGUUUAUCUAUUUCAGGAUAGUGCUUCCGGAAUAUACGAAGAACAUUUAGUGUGGUCUCACAGUCACACUUACCGCUAGCGUGAACUGCGAGCUCGCGUUCGCACAUGCAUAUACACAACCAUUUAUUUAAUAGUAAGAGUCACAACAGCGACCGAAGUGGUUAAUGGCGCGCUGGCGGUAAGCACGCCUGUAUAAAAUCAUCACGUAUAUUUACGUUUUUAAUUUAAAAUAUAUAUAAAAUAUUAAAGGUGAGUUAAUAAAGAACUGUUUUAUAUUAAAUUACAGUUAUAAUUUUCGGCAUUAAAGUACGGCUAACCUCAGCUCCUUUUGAUAACCAAUUGCACUGCAUAAAAAGGCAAUGUUUUUUUAACAAAACAAGAGUCAAAGACCGAAAAAUCGUCUGAGUGUCUCACGUAUGGUGUUCUUCAUGCCUUCUUAUGUUUACAAGUCAUGGAUACAGAAACGAAAGGCACUAAGUAAAAUCACCUUUACAAAUUAAUAUCGGAAGUCACGUGAAUCAAAAUAAUUAUCUGAUUGUUUUAUAUAUGAACUGUCACAUAUAAUUAAAGAAAAAAUAGUCAAGAUGUCGCACUGUAUAUAUAAAUAAAGUGUUGUAUUACGAGCAAUUUGACACAGCGUCCGAACCAAUAAUAUGAGAAAUAAAUAAAAGCAUAACAAAGGAAGCAUAAGCUGCUUGAUGCAAAAUAGUAUUCAAUUAGAAUGACCAAUUAAACAUUCCAAUUAAACUAAACAUUUCAAGGUUUUUGAAACUCUGAUCGAUUCGGACACUGUGACCAAAUUAUUUAGAUUUUUAUUAACAUUGUGUUCAGCCGCAUAGUGAAAAUAUAAUGUAUAGAUAAUUUUGUGAACAUAUUGAUAAGUUGGUAACCGUUGCCAUCAAUUUGUAUGACACAGUCAUGUGAAAUUAAAAUAAGCAACUUUUAAUCUAUUUUCGACCCUGCUUGAUAAUUUACUAUUAUUUGAAUAUUGUGGACAAACUACGAUAUUGUAAGCAUACACCGCACCCGAGAAGGCAUUUUGCGGGCAGAUCAAUUAGUAACGUUUGCAAAUAAAAUAAUACAUUUUCGACUUCUCAGAAUAAGGUACUUAGUAUUUGUAAUCAUAAUGACACAUGAUUUUGAUGACACUAACUGACGUGCCCACAAAAUGCCUCUUCGGGUGCGGUGUAUGAUUCUGGGUUUAUUAAAGUGCUACUAAACUUAAAUUGACCGGGAUUUAGGCCGUGAUUACCUUUUAUAUUGUUUUUAUGGAGCUCCCGAUAUUUCGACGCAGUUACAUGCAUCUUGUUCACUGGUAACUGGCGAUAGCGGGUGGGUGUCUAAGUUGUGUAGACCGCGCUCGGAUAAAAACAAUAUAAAAGGUAGUCACGGUUUAUAUCCCGGUCAAUUUAAGUCUAGUGACACUAACCGUGAAUUAUUCAAAACUGUUAAGUGCUACUAACUCUAAAUUAAUUCGAUAAACGUUUGUAACUUUGGGUAUUGAACAGUUUAUUAAUAGCAAAGAGAAUUAAAGUAUAUUAACAAAGAUACUCAAUCAAUGUAUCUUUGUUAAUAUUAACAGUAAAAUUGACACAUAUCUGCAUUUGAACAAAUUACUUUUUUCUUGUUAUUGCAACCACGUCAUUAUUUACCACUGACAACUACUGAAGCACUUUUUAGUCAUUUUCACUACCUCGUCCUGCCCGAUGUUCUCAAUUAAGAACACUACUGAUUUAGUGGUUCCUGCCCGAUAGUUUUUUUUUUUUUUAACUUCCAAAUUCUGCCCAAUGUGCUUAAUUAAUGACAUAUUAAAAUUUGCCGCCUAGUGGUCGAUAGUAUCAGACUUUGCGUUUUAUACUCCUGUUUAUGAUUGGUUGGAGUAUUGGCUAAUAGGUAAGUAAGAGUUCGUACUAAAUUUGCUCGGACUCACCGCUCAGUGUCACGCCACACGUGCAACGUCGUAAGAGAGGUGAGAUUGAUUCCUAUUUAUCUUGGUAAUCAUGCAUGUUUUAUAUGAUUGUUAUUGUUAAGUAAUGCUAAAUAAUUCUAAUUUGUAUUUUUAUUCAAUCCUGUAUUUUUAAACCAAUUGUAUAUUUCGAUUUUUCAUAGGUACUUAUCGAAAAAUGUUCUUGAUUAAUCACAUUGGGCAAAACCCUGACGGUAAAAGAGGGCUGUUAUAUGUUUGAAAUCAAUGCUUGACUGUCCGUCUGUCUGUGGCAUCGUAGCUCUCCAACGGAUUUACUAAUUUCGAUGCGGGCUUUUUUUAUGUGAAUCCGAGUUUUUUUUUUGCGAUGGUUCUUAGCUAUAUUUGACAGAAGUUGAUUCAGCAACACUCAGUAACAACAAAAAGAAUUGGUAAUAUUAUCUUUGAUCUCGAACUUCUUUACACACCGUAAAAUUGUUAUCUGUGACCGAAUUAAAAUAUAAGCAAAUACCAUAAGUUAAUAUUGACAGAGAGAAUUUCACUUAUGACAAACUGUGACACUGCAAUGGCGGAUGGUUUGAAAGGGUGCGUGUAGGCGAGUGAUACCAUGUAACACAAAAUCUCCCCGAUGAUGAAAUAAUUGUUAAAAAAAAAAAGCACUGCUUUAUGGUCCACAAUAAAUAUGCUCCUGAUUUUAUAGGUCUAGAUAAUGCGUAAUUUUGCAUAAUUACUUUGUUCAAACUUUAUUUAAUAGUUAGGUGCGGAAAGUAGGAAAUUAGCAAUGAGGGUGAUAAUUUAAAACAUGACCAAAGGGAGUGUUUUAAAUCGUCACGAGUUACGAAUUAUCUAUUCGCACGUUUACAGUACAUAUAGUACUUUACAUUUUCGACAUAAGCACGGAAAAUGCCUAUUCCCGCAUUGGUGCGGGAAAGUAGCACCAUAUGUACUGUAAUAUAAUAAUAUUUACAGUACAAAUGGUGCUACUUUACCCCACUAGUGCGCAAAUUAGCAUAUAACGUUACUAUGUCAAACAUUUAAAGGGCCAUAUGUACUGUAAAACGUUGUACGAUACAUGUGCGAAUAGAUAAUUCGGAUAAUUCGUCGGUGUCAGUCGUGUUUGAAUUAAUCGCCACUCGUUUCGAAUUUCCUAUUUUUCGCACUUGUAUCGUAAUGUACUAUUACCACCGGAAUGAAAUUAUAUUUCGUCGGUUUUUUUUUUAAAUUUACACGUUUGACUUGACAUAUCUGGUUUUUAACAAAUAAUAAUGUCACAGAAUCGGAAAAGUGAUAAACAAUGUUCGAAAAAGAUGCGAUACCUAAUAAUGAAAUAAGAAAGACCGGGACAACUAAAGAGCGAGCCAUGUGUUGAAGUUUCCGUAGGCGCGCGGAAUACUGACAGUACCUACAGAAGCUAUGCCUACAGUAAACAUACAAAAAACCACAUCAGCACGUACAACCUGCUCCUUGGGUGGAAAUAGGUUAGUUUCUUUAGGUAAUCCUCCUCCCUCUAAAAGUACAGAAAGGGGUAAUGUCAUAACUUCUUAAUGAUUUAUAGAAAUGACAACCACUGGACUACAUUGUACUUAUUUAUAUAAUAGUUUAAUGCCUGGUAAUGCAUCAACCGUUACUUAUACAAUAGCAAAAUAUUUUUGUGGUACUACGAGUAUGCAUUUUUUUACUUAUUAAGUAGGUAUUGUACAUCAAUUCACAAUUAAGAUUAAGUUUAUAAGUAUAAAUGCAAACGCAGACACAAAUAAAUGCAAACGUAGUCAAUAUAGGAAACAUUAGUCAUUAAAGCGUCCUUAAUCUCCUUAUUCGCAGGAAAUUACCAUACCCACCUUUUUAAAAAUGCACAAACAAUAAUUUAGCCAUUUACCUAAUUAGUCCCUAUAUACAUAAGAAGGGCAUCAGUUAUCCUAAUUUUCGCGAAAUUACCCUAUUGAACUUACUGGUCACACUCCUGUUUUGAUAUUAAAUAUCGUGAUUUUACGCAUGAUAACGUAAUAAACUACUAACUUACCUAUGAACAGUUAUUCCGUCUCUUUUUUUCUUCCGAUUGGAAUAUUUUUUACAACAUUUAACCACGCAUGCCUGCAUAUUUUUUUCUAUCUACAAUUCACUUCAACGACGUCUCGAUCCGACUGACGGCAGACGGUGGAUGAUAGCUGUAUGUGUGUGUGUCGCGCGUAAGUACAAGGAAAUUGGUGAAUGAUGGAAUCCUAGUUGUGUAUUACCAAAACUUUGUCUGUAGUAUUAUUAGUCCAAGGCAAAUACGCGAAAAAAAAAACGUGUUUUGCCUUUGAUUAAUUAUCAUCAAGUACAUUUUUUUAAGAAACGGUACCACAAAGUUGUCUCAAAAACCUCUAACUUUGUGGCCAAGUACGCGCGUUUCUGCCCCUAUCCUUCUUUUAUCCGACCAUCGGCAGUCAUUAACCCAAUGAUCGAUGCAGUUACGUGACCUUUCGUAAACCUUAUUGCAGCGAGCUAAAGUCUACGUAAGAAGUACGGAAGUUGCCAUCUUGCCUGGAAAACAAUUGGUCAUAAAUAACAAAAUCAACCUGUAUUAUAAAAAAAAAAAACUUAGUAAUUUUAUUUCACUGCAGCUAAUCCUCGUGGAUCCUCAGUUACCAAUUGUCUUGUUAGUCAAAGCAAAAGUGCAGAUUCCAAGAUAGGGGCCGUUUAUUUUUAAAUUUUUGACGUCAAAUUUAUUAUUAAGGUCCUCUUGGAUUCUCAGAUAUCGGACGAAGGGGACUCAGAAACGGAGAAAUUCAAGAUCGUUUUUACCAAAUUUGACCUCAUAAUCAUAAUGAAGGGCCGUUCGGAUCCUCAGACAUCGAUUUUCAGCUUGAUCGGAUGAAAAAUUAAGAAAUUCAAACCUACGGCAUUUUUUUAUUUUGAUCUCAAAAUCAUAAUUCAUAAUAAAAGGCCUCUCGGAUCGCUUCGGAUUGAUCAAAGCAAAAUUCAAAAAUACCCAAUGCCAGCUGUUUUUUUAACUAAAUAUCGCAGGUAUCUAAGGAUCGCAAUGUAUUAAUUAGUGCGGAUGCUUAAUUGCGACAAACGACCAAAUAAUAAGCCUGUAUAUUCAUUAAUACAUGUUAAAAUAAAAAUGAAUAAUAAAUUAUCAUACAAAAAUAUUGCAUUUAUUAUAUAUAUUAAACAUGUUCUAUAUUGCAUGAAACCGUCUACUUAGAGUCGGUUUCCGUUGUCAUGUAUUUUCAAGUGAUAACUUUACAGCCAAUGACAGAGCUUCAUUUUAUAAUAGACUAAUCGUAGUUGGGGUGGUUUAAAUUGAUUAAUCAUGGUCCAACGAAGUUUUGUCUAAGAAAACAGACCUUAACGAGUUACAAUUGGUCCGUUCUGAGUAUUGCGUAUUUUAAUUGUAGAGCCACUUUUAAUUGAUAUUUUGUUUGAAGCUAGUCUUCUAUGUUUUUUUUUUUCGUUCGCUGGCCCAAUGUAAUUAAAAAAGAACACGACAUGUUCUCAAAAACUAUGCUUGGCUAAUAAAAACAUAACCCCUUAUAUCCUAAAAUAUAAUAUAAAAAGUCCUACUUCCCUUUAACCUGCGAACAAAAAAAACGCAAGAGACUAAGUUCAAACGAAAUAUCAGCGUAAAAGUGGCCCCACUAGUAAAACACACAAUACUCAUAUCGGACCAAUGGCAACACGUCAAAGUUUAGGUCUUAUUUUCUUCGACGAAACUUCGUUUGAUCAUGAUUAGUCAACUGAAACCACCCAAACUACGAUUGGUCUAUUAUAGUAUUAGGCUGUAGCGUUGUUAUUUGAAAAUACAUGACAAUGGAAACCUACUCUAAGUAGACGUUUUCAUGCAAUAUAGAACAUGUUUUAAAUGCAAUAUUUUUGUAUGAUGAUUUAUAAUUUAUUUAUGAUUAAUUAAUAGGUUUAUUAUUUGUUCGUUUGUCGCACAUGCUUAAAGAUAAGUAAGCUUCCGAACCAAUGAAUACAUUGUAUCGUUCACCUUAUAGGGCACGUGCGACGUUUAGUUAGGUGGCACAGAAAUAUGUCAAUAGAAGUUAAUGUAAAUUUGAUAGACUUUUUGAUAGGUCAAACUUGGAGAACACAGCUGGCAUUUAGACCCGAGAGGAUGGAUGGAUUUAAGAUCAUAAUUUAAAAAAAAUGCCGACUGUUUGAAUUUCAGAAUUUUUCAUCCGAUCAAAAUGAAAAUCGAUUUCUAAGGAUCCGAGAGGACCUUUAUAACGAAUUUUAGGUCAAACAUGAAAAAAACGCCCGCCAUCUUGGAUUUCUGCAUUUUUCCUCUGAUCAAGAUGAAAAUCGAUGUCUAAGGAUCCAAGAGGACCUCUAUAAUGAAUAUUACGACAAAAAUAGUAAAAAAAAACCACCAUCUUCGAUUUCUGCAUUUUUGCUCUGUUCACGAUGAAAAUCAAUAUCUGAGGAUCUGAGCGGCCCUUCAUUAUAAGUCUGAGGUCAAAUUUAGUAAAAACGUGUGAUAUCGUGUGAUUUCUUUCUUCGUUUCUUGCUCUAAUCAAGAUGAAAAUCGAUAUCUGAGGAUCCGAGAGGAGUUCUAUACGGAAUCUGAGGUCAAAAAUGAAAAAAAAAAUACCGCCAUCUUGGGUUUCUGCAUUUUUGCUUUGAUCAACAUGGCGGGCGUUUUUACAAAAUUUGACCUCAUAAACAUACUGAAUACUCUCGGAUAUUUAGAUUUUAAUUUUCAUCUAAGCAAAAGUGCAGAAAUCCAAGAUAGCGGGCGGUAUUUCUUUUUUCAAUUUAACCUCAAAUUUAUUAUAAAGGUCCUCUCGGAUCUUCAGAUAUCGAUUUUCAUAAUAAUAAAAGUAAACACGGAGAAAUUCAAGAUGUCGGGCGUUUUUGCCAAAUUGAAGGGCCGCUCGAAUCCAUAAAUAUAGAUUUUCAUUAUGAUCAGCAAAAAUCCAAGAUGGCGGGCGUCUGUUUCAUUUUUGACCUCAGAUUCAUUAUAAAGGUCCUCUCGGAUCCUCAGAUAUCGAUUUGCAACUUGAUCAGAGCAACAAUGCAGAAAUUCGUAUUGAACACGUCGUCGUAGGAACAGUUUGUAUGGGAAAAUAACAUUAUUGGUGUUACUAUUUUCCUCGCAUUUUUUCACCGUUCAAACGGUCCCUAACCCAGAAAUAUUCCAAUACCAAAAUUAGCCAAAUCGGUCCAGCCGUCCGCGAAUUUAACGAAAAGUUAUAAAUAGCAGCGAGAUACCAAGACUUAGUAAAAAUGUACACAUAAAAAAAGCGCCACCUACAACAACGAUACGUAUUUACUAUCACAAAUUAAAUUAUCAAAACAAAAACCUGAUCAAUUUUUAAAAUGAAAGUUUCUAAAUAUCAAUAGUUGUUUAAAAUGCAUAACAUCAUCCCCAUAUAAAACCUGUUUUGAUCAAGAGAAAUCAAAAUAAUAUGAUUCUAGCUAAACUGUACCUGAAAGGUAAUCCCAUAUUUUUUCCAGUGUCUUUUAGAAUGACUAGCACAUCAUUUAUCGGCACAAUGAGGCAUAUUUCUUUUGUUAAAGAUAAAAUUUGAAUACUUCUUACUACGACUGUGACAACGGGCCGCCAUUUGCGAACUUAAACAGCUCCGCGGCAGAAUGUUGACGCCCCGCCCGCUUCGGCACAAUGUGUGUGGGGUCAUUUUGCAGAGCUAGUUCGUCAUCUAUGUUUAUUACCAAUCGCUGCCUUUAACAUGUUUAUUUUAACAUAAAAUGUCUUGGGCCGGAACCACUAAAAUAUAAGUGUGCUUAAUUGACAACAUUGGGCAGAAUCUUAAUGUUUGUUUAAAAAUGCUUGCGGGCAUUACAAGGUUAAGCUUGAGAAAGGUAAUAAAGUAGCCACCCGGUACUCUUAACAAUAAGACUUCCAUUGGCUUGUUUCUUUGUUGGUUGAUUUGUUAGGAGUGGUCAAUUACCAUGUAGUGGUCAAUAACUAUAGCAGUCACCCUACUGGUAAAGCACAGUGCUAUUUUCAUAGAACCAGAAGUGUCGCUUUCUAAUGCGGCCCAGAUUAUUAUCAGUAAGAAUUACAUGAAUAAUAUUGUCAUUUCUUCAUUCCAUUUUUUUUUCAUUUCAUUUCAGUUACUGCGCUGUCUAUAGUAAUGUCAUUGCCUACUUAAAUAUAUUAUUAUCGAUAGUGUUUUAACGAUUUUAGAUAGGUAAAACACUCAUCUUCAGCUAGAACCAAGCAUAGAGUUACUUAUGACCGCGAUGCCAUUAGUUCAUUUUUUGCUAAAUUUAUCCCCGCCUGCACAUAAUACGGCGUAAUGUUUGGGGUGAAAAAAUAAUUACCUUUAGUUUAAUUCAUAUUUACACUAAAUAAUUUUAUGAAACGUUAUAUUCAACUAUCGAGUAAUUUCUGUCUGAAUAAUCAUUAAAGAUUCCAUUGAAUCUCAAUACCUACCCGAAACGAGAAUAAAAUCAAGGUUACAUUAGUAUUACUUAACUUAUGCAUGUAAUUUUAAUUUUUUGCGGGGUGUAGUUAGUUUAUUAAUAAAUGAUGUAAGAUCUUCUAUGAUUGGCUAAUAUUAUUGUACAGACCUACCUACUUUAGAAUAAGUCAUAUAGAUCCUUAAGUGUAGCUACCAACACGUAAUAUGUCUUCAUUUUUUACUAGUGGCUAAGGCAGACAAAUGGAUACCUAAUCUUAUAUGUUAAACAUAAUUAUAUUCUGCCAUUUACGUACGUUUCAAAACUCUUUUUUGCCUUUUAAACCACAAUUUUAUUACAGUUUGAAAUCACACCUUUAAUAUCUACCUACCAGUAAGUAUUUACAUACAUAUAGCUAAAAUAAACACCAAUUUUUUAUUGUGUACUAGUAUAUCGUGCCUCCUAGGAUAAAAAUAUAUCAUUGAAUAUCCGUGCAUCGUUAUAUAUGAAUAUAUGAUGAAAUAUAUAAUUUAAUUGCAAUCAGAAGACCAGUUUUACGCCGUAACCUUAUUCAAAAUGUUAUUUUUAGUUGAAAUUGAUUUCUAGGACAACGAAAUAAUUGUCGUAUACAUUUGUAUAGUCAUGUAAAGAUUUAUGAAUGUGACUUAAUUUUGUUUUGAAUGCCUACUUCCAAAAGGAUUGUAACGUCAGACGUAACUAAUUAAUAUUUUUGAUGGCUGUAGAGGUAUACUUACGCAUAUUUUAUACAAUUAGACUGUGAUAAGAUGGUUAAUAAUCCAAUUUUAUAUAUCUGCUUAUCCAUGUACGAUUUUUCGUUACUUAUUAUGUUUGCGUGAAUCUUGUAUGCUACUACAUUCGCAAAUUCCAUUACAUUGGUAAUCAUUGUGUGGCUACCGCGCGAUAAGUGUUGAGGCCAAGUCUUCCACUAAAUUUUGUCACAGUCACAACAUACUAUACCCGUCAUAAAUAUUAGUAUAGAUUAUGUGCCACAUUUUUCAAUACAGCAUAAUAUAAAAUAAUGUCAAAUUCAUUAUGAAAAAAUAUACGUGAUAUAGUUAUAAUAUAAAAAGUAUGAAUUGAAAUGUCCUUAUUUUUAGACUCGAAAUAUAUCUGCAUUAGUAAAAUAUAGCUUAGAUCAGCCCUAAAGCACACGAGCACCGAGCAGGGCUAAUUAGGGCCGGCGUCGGGAUAUUGGAUAGAGGUUGUUAAUGAAAACGAGUUGGGGAACCCUGGUCUAGAUUUUUAGAAAUAAUAGUAAAACUAAGUAACUAGUUAUAAAAACGCUUGUCAUUAUUGUGUUGCUACUUAAUAAAAUAAUAAAUGUUAUUAUAUUCUACCUCUGCACAAAAUGUUUCAGCACACAUAACUUAAUUUACACAUG